AUGGACAACAUGUACGAGGCUGAUAUGUACAAGCAGUGGAAUGAUAGUCUGCUGGGCGUACAGUUCUGGGAAGAUGCUACGAGAUACGCUGAGCAACUUGCCAAACGUGAGACCCAAGCCCUAGUCACGGGACCAACUGAUCAAUUGCCUCAGAGCACUGUUCAGUCACCUUCCAAGAAUGCCGUUCAUACUGCAGUCACAAACUCUCCUGAGAAGAGUCCAACCAAGAGUGAAGCAAGACAGAGUCCAAAGAAAAGUCGCUUCCAACUCUCUCAGCUUGCUUCUUUCAAUAGUCUCCGACUUCGAGGUAUCAUUCAUCCUUCCCCCGCCGGGACUGAUGCCGCAAAUUCACCCGACAAGAGUCAGAAAGGUUCAAAGAAAGGUAGCUUGCAUCUUCCAAAGCUGCCUUCCUUUAAAACUCUCAGUCUCAAGCGCCGAGGCCCGAUCCUAGCAUCGACUUCGGGACUUAUUCAAGUUGAGAAGCAUACCCGUCCAUCCGUCCUAUCUCCUUCCACUUUCCUUCCCCCAGAACCCCCUGAGUCUCCUAUUCCUCCCAUGCCCAAAACACCCCGUCCCGCCUUUCGUACCCUCUACAGAGGACCUUCUGCUACCAAUAUGGACAUUGUACCCCCCAGCGCCCCCAGCGCCCCCGGUUCUCCCAAGGGCUCUCAGCCUUUUGCUACAAUGGCUCCUGGUUUUCUUAGCAAAGCCAGCUUCCAAGAGUGGCUUGAUCGAGAGAGUGAUACUCAUGCCGAAACUGAGACCCCUCCCCACUCAGUAAGUCACAGUUCUCGCAUCAACUUGAUGGCCUGCCUCAAUAGAGGCGGCUCUUGGGAUGACAUCCCCCGAUCUAAGUCGGUCCUGGAACUAAAUAUGUUUUUCGAUGCUAUCAAGACCCACCCCGAGAGAGUCAAGGCCCGCCCCGAGAGAGAUAUCGAUCUCCACGACGACCCAACUAUUGAUGAAGGUACCAUGACUGAGGAAGUCACUAUGGUCCUCCAGACUCUUACUACCGAUCCUGACUUUAUCUCUGCUACCAGAAAUACCAUCACGAUGGACUUCGACAUCGAGGGUUCCUCUAGUGACCAGUUUGUUGGCAAGACCACUGGUGAGACUGAUGUUAGCUGUGAGUAUGCUACCAAUGAGCUGAUCACCAAUGACCACCCGACGACUAACGAGGCCACCGCCGGGACUGAUAUCACCAAGUCCGAUGCUACCAUUGAGGCCAAUGCUCCUGCCCUGAAGGAGUCAGCUGCCGAGCAAGCCACUGCCAAUGACAAGUACGUGAAAGGUAAGGCUGCCGUGCGUGACUGGGACAUUCAUAGUCCCAGUAUGAUUAGAAAGGAAGAUCUUCCCAUCUUCGAUGCCCCUCGAUACCCAGAUCACGAGGUGAUCAUGGAAGUGACCGCUCCCAAGGCGGCAAAGCUGAUCGACAAGGCCAUGGAGGCCUUCUAUGAGUCCGCCACAGAUGACCAGGCAACCGACCACUCCACCAAGAAGCCAGAGGAUGGGGUCAUCAUCACCAUCCUCUCGGUGGAGCAGAUGCGACCCUUGGCUGAGUUCCGUGGCCUGCGUGAGCUCAAGUUGACUGGUAUGAUGAAGUCAUACCAACCCAUCAUCUGGAAGACUGUGUGGAUGAACCCCCAGCUGACCACCCUGGAGCUGGAGAUGGCAGUUGGCUUGGAGAUUAACCAUCCACUUGGGCCAAGUGGAUGGAAGCUCAUCAAGAAAGGAUGGGUAAUGAGCGUCAAGUCCUGUGCCUCGCCCGUGUACUAUGGGCAGGAAGGCAGCGGAAAGAUCCGGGACCGGAUCGGGUACGGCGAGUACCUCGACAAGCGCUGCAUUGAGGCAGCAAAGGUGCUUGCCCUGAGCACUGGUUUCCCGGUCCCCCCCUACCUCCCGGUCAAGCGUCUCACCUUGACCGGCUUCGCUGUGGACGGAGACGCCUUCGGGAUGUGGUUCCGGAACCUCGAAGAGGUUCACUUUAAGAAGAACUGCAUCGACUGCGGUUUCUGGCUGCCUCGCUCCCAGCGAGACGUUCGAGUUCGCCACUCGAACGAGUACGGAGUGGCCCGGGGUGCGGACGGGCCUUCCGAGGCCGGCUCCGUGGUGGAGCUCGGCGAGGAGGCACUGGCUGAGCUCACCGCAGCGGUGAGAGGCCUGGGGGCCUCGAGGAUGUGA